CAUGUAGAGGGAGAUUCAUCCGGAGAAAAUAAUAAUCAACAAGUGGCCCAUCACCAACUAAAGACAGAAAACCAAGAUUCCCAUAAACGUGCAAGCAUGAACGCUAUGCACCCACACAUAUAUAUACACGCUCGCUUCAUCAACCUUCAACAAAACACAACCCCUUCUUUCCCGCGAAACCCAAUCAAAAUCUUGAUUUUGACUUUCUGUUGUCCGGUGUCACCAAAAUUCCGAUCAGAUUUGGUCCAUUUUUCUCCUCCCAUCAACUAUUGCAAUCACAUCUUCUUGUUUUCCAUUGAUCCCGGAUUUAGGUAAAGUAAAUCAUAGACAGAAGUAUACUGUUUGUUGUAUAUUGUGAAGGAUGUCUUGCUGUGGAGGUUAUGAAGAGGAUGACUAUGGUAGUGGGCCCACGAACAAUGUCACUACCGCACCGCCUCGAGGACCGCCUUAUGGAGGGAGUAAUAGAGGAGAGCCAAGGAAUUCUGGGCCUGCAAGAAGUGGGCCCCCUCAAAAGCCGUUGCCGAUUGAAACACCGGCGUUAUCGUUAAACGAGUUAAACAAGAUUACGAGUAAUUUUGGUACAAGAUCUUUGGUUGGGGAAGGUUCGUAUGGUCGGGUUUAUUACGGGAAGUUAAGUACAGGAGAAGGAGCAGCGGUGAAAAAGCUGGAUACCAGCUCUUCACAGGAACCUGAUGAUGAUUUUGUAGCCCAGUUAUCGGUCGUUUCAAGGCUUAAACAUGAGCAUUUUGUUGAGUUGCUUUGUUAUUGCUUGGAGGGGAACAACCGAAUAUUGGUAUAUCAGUAUGCAACCAUGGGGUCUUUACAUGAUGUAUUACAUGGAAGAAAGGGUGUACAAGGGGCAGAACCGGGCCCAGUAUUGAGCUGGACUCAGAGAGUUAAAAUCGCAUAUGGUGCAGCAAGAGGACUUGAGUAUUUACAUGAAAAGGUUCAACCUUCAAUUGUACAUCGCGAUGUUCGGUCCAGCAAUAUAUUAUUAUUUGACGAGUGUCAAACCAAGAUUGCUGAUUUUAACUUGAGCAAUCAGUCUUCUGAUACUACAGCUCGAUUACAUUCUACCAAAGUUCUCGGAACUUUUGGCUACCAUGCUCCAGAGUAUGCAAUGACAGGGCAGAUAACUCAAAAAAGUGAUGUUUAUAGUUUUGGAGUCGUUCUUCUAGAACUUUUGAGCGGAAGAAAACCGGUUGACCACACAAUGCCAAAAGGACAACAGAGUCUUGUUACUUGGGCAACUCCAAGGUUAAGUGAGGACAAAGUAAAGCAAUGUAUCGAUCCGAAAUUAUAUAAUGACUACCCUCCAAAGGCGGUUGCUAAGAUGGCGGCGGUUGCAGCAUUAUGUGUUCAAUAUGAAGCAGAUUUCAGGCCAAAUAUGACCAUUGUUGUAAAGGCUUUGCAGCCGCUCUACAAUUCAAAACCGUCAGGCUCAGAAUCUCAAGCUCCUUAAGAAAUUCAAACAAAUUAUAUUUGAGUUUUAUCUAGAAACCCAAUUAGAACCGAUUAUGAGAUUGCAGUGUCGAUAUCAUGUUCAUGGAAGUAGAACUGGUAAUAUAGAGUUCAUUUGUAAUUUGUUUAAAUUUUCAAAGUUUUGUAUGAUUGUAGUGAUAACAUCGGUUGGUUUGUGACAAUAACUUUAGCAUUCAUUUGUUUUUA